GCACCACUCCUCCUCCUCCUCCUCCUCCUGUCCGCAGCAUCUCUCUCUCUCUCCAUGCACUGCGAGGACUCAGAGAGAAAGAGAGGAAAGCAACUCAACUGCAUUUGACCGGCAUGCUUACAUGAAUCAACACCAGAGAAACCUGAAGAUUGAACGGACCUCCAUCUCCCCGAAGAGCCAUCAAAGACAGCUUUGGUUAACCCACAGUAAAUGCAAGAUAAGUGGCGAGUUGAAGUGAAAAAGCUUCCAUGAGAUGACAUUUUGUCCUUGGGAUAAUCAACUGAAGGGCCAUCAUCACCCAGACCCUGAAGAGAGAGGAGAGACAGGGAGGGAAGAAACACUUGUAACUCCAUAGAUGGCCUCAGCACUCUGCAGGUGUCUUUGAGCGCGCCCAAAAGAAUCGGUCCGUCAUGAGCAUCCCAACUGGUUUCCAGGGACUGAGGGUCAAUGUUGACAGAGGAGAGAAGAUCGGAAACAAAACCCAGAUCCAGUUCCCCCAGUCUGGGGAUGAUAACGCCAAUCGAUUAUCUUCGAUUGGUGAUCAAGGACGAAGAAGAGGUUUGAUUGAGGACACGGGUUACAGCACAAGCUCCAUCCCUCCUUUGGUCUCGCAGCGCGAAUCCCCCGACAAGUUAGUGAUCUGGGGCUCUGAGCAGCAAUGUUUGGAGCCUGAGUUCGAACUUCUGGAGUGUCAGGAGAUACAUACGUUCUUGGGAAACAGGGAUCAGGAGGAGGAGGAUGACGACGGAGGAAGUAUGAGGGAUGGGAAAGACGAAGGUCCCAUGUCCAUAUCCUCAAGCUCAACUGCCAGCUCCGCUUCGACCGGCGCGAGGAGGAGGAAUGACAACGACAACAACAGAGCGGAGAGCAGGAUACAGAGGGGCAAAGAGGUGCAGAAAAGGAUCGCCUGUCACAGCACUGAAGAGCUAGACACAUGUGUGACAGGCUCAACAGAGAGAAGGGACACCAGGUCAGGCAGAGACAGGGAGAGACGGAAGGGAGGUCUGAAGGAGUCCAAGUCUGAGACGAACGUAUUUGUCUCCAGUCUGUCAGCUGUUAACCUCAGCGGGAGCCUGUCGAGUGCUCUGGAUGGCAGCGGAGAAGUGCUCUGUCUGUCCAAGACCAACCCUUAUCCCGGUACAAACCACACUACCUCAGCCCAGACCAGGAGAAGGGUAGCCCCGGUUGACGCCAACCAGAACUCGCCGCCGCCGUAUUCUCAGGAGAAACAUGGCCGUCCUCAAUACUACAGCCAGGAUCAGAGACAGGAGGAGGGAAGUCAUCAUAGAAACGGAUUGUCCUCUGACGGCGGGCUCGGCCAAAGGAGGAAGGCGGGAUUCGAGGAGAGGGUGUUGCCACCACGACGACAACAGCUGGUCAGACCCCUCUGUCAGACAGAGAUGGUGAGAGCGAGGAGCUCUGCGGAACCCACUGAGACUCCUUCCCCCAACCCCUCUCCAGAUUCACACAGUAACGGGUCAAACAGAAUGUUCGCAAAAUCGUCUUUACGCGAACCAUCAGAUUUCUCCAAUCUGUACAACGCACCUGGAGUCUCACAGCUCCGGCAGCCCAACCAGGUUCCACCUGGAGUUUCACAGCCGGCCGCAACCGCAUGGCGUAACUCAAGUCCUUCGAAUCCUUCCAUGUUAGAGAGGAGACCUCAGACUCAGCUCACAUACAGGAGGAAUUGCUCCAGUCCCAACAGGACGGGGAUUGACUCCAGGUCAUCUACCCCUCCCCACUCCCCUCUCAGGACACCCCAGGGCUCACCACGCAGGCAACCCUCCAUGUACCUCGUUUCCAGGAAUGUCCCUGGAGUGGUUCGACACGUCCCAUCAGGAUGCAACCCCGCUGUAACGACAUCGGCUCAGGGCUACGGCAACAGUUGCAUGAGAGCACCGGUCAAAACCAAUAUAAGCACAAGCGGAAUUCCCAAAGCGCCUCUUAACAACCAGCAGAGCCCCAAAGAGAGCUCCCCGUCGCCUAAACUGAAACCGAAAGGAGUUCGGCCCAAAAUCAUCACCUACGUCCGGAAGAAUCCUCAAUUCAAGCCCCAGGUUGCUGACGGACCCUAUCAGGUAUCCUCUCUGCCGUCCAGGCUGUCAACAUACACACACGGCCAAACACCCGCUUCCUUCAAAGACGGCCCUAAAGACCCCACCAUGGCCGACGCAGAAACCAGAGGAGCCCCAGUGCUCAGUGCCUCCAAUCUGCUGUAUGACAAGUACCGCCAGGAGAUGCAGACGAGCAUCUUCCCAUCAGGUAUGCUGAGCCGGAGCAUCAGGCCACCCGGACACACACACAGCCACACGGCACCCCCGAAACUGGGCAGCAAAGCAGACAACUUCUACGGUGCACCAUCAGACGUGGGACGGUCUGCCGGUUUCAAAGGGAGUACAGCUGAGGACGCGCUUCAGUCACGGACAGCUGCUCAGGCCGGAGGGAGCGGCAGCCUCCUGCGCUCCGGCAGAGGUCUGCGUCUGGGCCUGGGGGCCGUCGCCAGGACGACCACGUGCUCAGCCAAGGGCAGAGGACCUGGUCAAGGUCAGAGGUCAACGCUGGUCUUCAGCCAACCGGUCCAACCUGUCAGCCCAGCGAGCAGCCAGCAAAACCAAGAUAACACAGAUGACCAGGUCUUCACCUAUCAUGCUCCUCCUCCUCCUCCUGCUCCAGCGGCAGCGGCAGCAGUCCAGCCCCAGGCCGUGGCCUCCAGGUCCCUGCUACCCAAAGCGAGCCAGUCGGGCCUGCGCCCCCCAGGCUUCUGCUCCAGCCGUCUACCCGCGGGCCGCCUGGCAGCCUUCGGCUUCGUCAGGAGCUCCAGCGUGUCCUCCGCCUCCUCGGUCCACUCCGCCGACAGCACGCAGAGUGACUCCUGCAGGACGGCUCACCGUCUGAGUGUGAGCGAGGAGCCUCCUCUUCACAGAGUGACCACCAGCCCUCCGUCGACAGACCACCAGAGAGGGGCACCAUGUCGCAGCAACAGCCUCCAGCCGCCUUCUACCCCAGCCCUGCCGCGGCGCUACCUGCCCGCCCAGCCAAGGAGCUCCCCUGGAGUCGGCAGGAAGGAGUUUCAGCGGAGUUCAGAGGUCACGCGCUCUCUCCCGUCCUCCCCGAAGAGGCUGGCAGUGGUUCCUCCCAAACCUCAGUCCCCGGUCCUGUCUGGGCAGCGGCCCGCAGCGGCAGUGCGAGGGUCAGCUCCCCCGGGGUCGCCUCUCCGCGUCGCCCCCCUGAGGCUGCAGCAGGAACAGCAGGAGAGCCUACAGAGGGAGAAAGAGGAGGCUCAACAGAAAGAGAGGGAAAGGCAAGCAGAGGAGAGAGAAAAAGAGGAGCAAAGGGAGGAAGUUCAGAGGCUGCAGGGACGCUGCGAGCAACAGGAGAGGCAGCUGGGAGCUCUGAGAGAUGAACUGAGGAAGACCUCCUUGGGUCUGGAAGCCUUUAUUAUCACCACUCAGCAUUACUGCCUCAAGAGUAAAACUACAGAAGAAAACCAAAAGAAAUUGUCCUUGGAAAUGCAAAAGAUCAGAGAGGAAAUGGCAUCCAACUCAGCGCGAUGGGAGAGGCUCCAUCAGGAGAAGACGGCGCUGGAGGCGACAUUUGAGCGAGAGCUGCAGGAGCUGCAGCUGCAGCAGGAGGCGGAACUCGCCGCCGUGGAGGAGGGGCUCAGGAAGUGUCACUCGGCGGAGGCAGAACACCUGAAGGAGGAGCAUCGCUCAGAGAUGGAGGAGCUGAGGACUCAGCAGCAGGAACAGAUGGAGGAGAUGACAGUCCACCACCGGGCAGCCGUUCAGGAACUCAGAGACAUGCAUAACAUCACCAUGGCAACACUGCAUGAGGAGCACGCCCGUACCAUGAGAGACUUAAGGAAGGCUCAUGAGCAACAGAAGCUACUUCUAGAGGAGGAUUUUGAGAAACUUCGGCUUUCUCUACAGGAUCAAGUGGAUACCCUCACAUUUCAAAACCAGAGUCUGAGGGACAAGGCCAAACGCUUUGAGGAGGCUUUGAGGAGGAGUACAGAUGAACAGAUAGUCGAUGCUUUGGCUCCAUACCAGCACAUUGAGCAAGAUCUGAAGAGCUUGAAGGAGGUCGUGGAAAUGAAGAACCAGCAGAUACACCAGCAAGACAAGAAGAUCUCCGAUCUGGAGAAAGUGCAGGCCCAAAAGAACGUGUUCCUUGAGGAGAAGGUCCAGGUUCUGCAGCAGCAGAAUGAAGACCUGAGGGCUCGUAUUGAAAAUAACCUUGUCCUGUCCCGGCAACUGUCCGAGGAGAACGCCAACCUCCACGAUUCGGUCGAGAAGGAGAACACGGAGAAGAAGCGGCUGAGUCGGAACAACGACGAGCUCCUGUGGCGUCUCCAGACCAGCCCCCUCAUGUCGCCCGCCUCCUCCCCGCUGCACCGCUCCUUCUCCACCUCCCCCGUGCCGUCAUCCCCAUUCUUCUCCUCCCCCUCACCUAUAGCCGGGUGCGACUCCCCCACCCACUGCCACGGCUGUCCCCAGCAGGCUCAGUACUGCUCCCCCUCCCACAGAGCCGCCGCCACCAAUCAAAAUCUCUCCCCCGGACCGGCCACACCCACUCACAGGGCAACGAGCAAUCAGAAUUACUCCCCUGGCCCGGCCACGCCCACACACAGAGUGCCAGCCAAUCGCUGUGGCUCAGCCGCGUGUCUCAGCUCUUUGCAGAGAUAAGCUCGCAUCUCUCUCUUUUAUUUCCUUCUCUGGCUCAUUCUCUUUUAUUUCCAUCAUUCCCUUUUUGAAUGUGAAUGGCAUCGAAGUACAUGUCGGAGACAAGGACUGUGGUCUCCAGUCAUCACGGGACAAACUGGGCAGACAGUCAGGGUCUAAACAGCUGGUGGUGUCCAUCAUGUGAAACACGGAUAAAUAAUGUAAUCCAUUACAUUAUUGUAAUGUAAUGGAAAAUGGAUGCAGAUGAUUGCGGCUCAGUUCUCUGUCCCCAAGCCUAACUUGUAUAAAUCUUGAAAUGCAGACUGUACAUACUGUAUGAUAGUGACACAGAUAGUAGUGAAAGCUCCCUGCAUGGGUAGUCAUGAGUCCCGCACAGACAGAAACAGUACAGAUGGAAAGUAGCACACUCUCACCAGAACACAAUACUCUGGUGUGUUAAAAACCUGCUCACGUCCUCAAUAAAAUAAGCUAUAUACUCUCUCUCUCAUUGGGAUUAGCUACUCAUAGUCUUUUUUUGGUUUUGCUUUUCAUCUGAAAAACAUCCCCAACAAAGCGCCUUAUUAUAUACUCAGUCCUGCCGUCUCACCAGCAGAGAACGACCAACGUUUUAUUUCAUAAAUGACUUUGGAUAGAGAAUUGGUUUGUAAUUCAGCCUCCUCAAGGUGUAUUUAAUAUUUCGUAAUUAGUUCAACACUGAUAGUUUAACCCCAUGCGUGGGAUAAACCCUACCUGGAACCCCUCGCCAUUUUACCUGCAACAUCCAGAGGACUUAUCAUACAAACCUUUUGCUAGGUCUUCCUUCAGCAUCUCAACACAUGAUGAUGAGCUACUCUCCACUUUCGGGAUCCCUCAGGUCAACUUGCAAAAACGUUACGUCUGCCAUUUUGUAUUUACCUCAGCGGGAAUGUGCAGUCUGUUGUGUCUGUAGCUCAACAACGACGACAAAAACACACAGCUACCAGGGAGCUCAAAGCUAAGGGGUGGGAGGGAUUUUAAAUGUUAUUGUGGAUUUCUUUAAAAUGUGAUGUUUAUAUCUAAUUUAUUUGUUACAUGUGUUUUGCUACUUAAGCAAGCAUGUACUGUGAGAGUCUUCCAGUCUUAAUGUGAAACUUCUUAUUGCUGUGGUCUGUCUGUUUAUUAAGCUUGAGCUGAACCUAUGGGACACAAGUGGAAUAACGUGAUGAAGGAGAUAUGCCGGCUUGUUGUCGUCACACAUACAUAGGUGGUGUGUUCAGGGGACUGUCUUAUGAUAUGAUAUGGGUCUAUAAGCUAAACUAAAAUGCAGCUUAACCCUCUGUUUACCUCUUUGCGACUCGUGUUGCAAAGAUUAGUCGCCCUUUCUGAACCUGUGUUAUAACCUCUUCAUCACCUCUUUCGGAUGCUUUCUUUAUCUGAAUGACAGUUUUUAUCCUCCGAGUGUUACGUUGAAGCUUUCGCAAGCUACGCUGAAUCCUCAGCGUGCGAGAAUAUAUCGUUCAGGGAAUUCUUUUCUAAAUUUAGAUUAGAAAUACUUUUUUUUUUCCUUUUGUAUAGCGUCUCUACAGAACAUUAUACGCUCAAGAUAUUUCCCGAGAUAAUUUUCCUCUUAUAUAUGAUACAAUAUAGAAACCAACCUUUGGUAUAUGAAAAUUAUUUUAUAGCAUACAGUUAGUCAUAGCUGUGUCCUGUAUGUACUGUACUGAUUAACUUACCCUCAGGAUCUUUCAUUUGGCUUUUUCAUUGAAAACGACAGUGUUAUACGGUGUAAUCUCAGUGAUUUACUCGCACAUGAACAAACAAAGCUGGUCAGACUAACACGUGUAAAUGAGCCGCUGUAAAUAAACCAGUAAGACCAGUGAGAAGGGAUGAGGGUAAGUCUGUGGCAGUCUAAUGGGAGCAUGGGUUAAAAGAGUUUGUCAGACUUUUUUCUGUUAAGUUACAGGUAAAUGUAAACUUUUACCAGCAUGUAAAGGACAUUUCUGGGUUUUUAAGUAACAGACUUUUAAGUAGAUCUUAAAUUGCUAUACCAGCACUUUUGACGGCCGUGAAAAAGUAAAAAAAAUGGAUCUUUUCAUGGAUCUUCAAGAUUUUUUGUAUGACACGUACACAGGGUUAAAUGUUCUUAAACGAAAGAAUGUCAAACACAGCAUAA